CGGCAUAACCCGGAAGUGCUUCUCCGUUCGGUGGUGGAGGAGGGAGCCCGCCGAGAGCUGGGCGGUGGAGGUGGCUUAUUUCUGCGCCGUCUUCAGGAUGCAGCGGUUGCUCUUUCCGCCCCUGAAAGCCUUCGUGGGGAGCCCGUGUCUCCGGCUCCUGGUUCCUAGGGCGGCGCCUAGAGCACAGUGUGGUUGCAGCUGUGGGAUCAGGCGCCCCUUGAGGCCAGGGCAGUACAGCACCAUCUCUGAAGUAGCUUUGCAGUCUGGAAGGGGUACAGUGCCCCUUCCCUCAAAAGCUGCUGAGCGGGUGGUGGGCCGAUGGCUCCUGGUCUGCAGUGGAACAGUGGCUGGAGCAGUUAUUCUUGGUGGAGUGACUAGGUUGACAGAGUCUGGCCUCUCAAUGGUAGACUGGCAUUUAAUAAAGGAGAUGAAGCCACCUACAAGUCAAGAGGAAUGGGAAACAGAAUUCCAAAAAUAUCAACAAUUUCCGGAAUUUAAAAUCUUAAAUCAUGAUAUGACAUUAGCUGAAUUCAAGUUCAUCUGGUACAUGGAGUACUCACACCGAAUGUGGGGUCGCCUCGUGGGUCUCGCAUAUAUCCUGCCUGCUGUCUACUUUUGGAGAAAGGGCUGGCUCAGUCGUGGCAUGAAAGGACGUGUUCUUGCCCUUUGUGGGUUAGUCUGCUUCCAGGGUCUGUUGGGAUGGUAUAUGGUGAAAAGUGGAUUAGAAGAAAAACCAGACUCCCAUGACAUCCCCCGGGUCAGUCAGUACCGCCUCGCCGCCCACCUGGGGUCAGCCCUUGUUCUCUAUUGUGCCAGCUUGUGGACUGCACUCUCACUGCUGCUCUCUCAGCACAAGUUGCCUGAAACUCGUCAGCUCCUGUGGUUGAGACGAUGCGCUCAUGGAACAGCAGGCUUGGUGUUUCUUACUGCUCUCUCAGGGGCUUUUGUGGCAGGGCUGGAUGCUGGACUUGUUUACAACUCUUUCCCGAAGAUGGGAGAAUCUUGGAUCCCAGAGGAUCUUUUUACCUUCUCCCCCAUCCUGAGGAAUGUUUUUGAGAAUCCCACCAUGGUGCAGUUUGAUCACCGGAUUCUGGGAAUCACUUCAGUUACAGCCGUGACAGCACUCUACUUCUUCUCCCGGAGAAUUCCCCUUCCUCGAAGGACCAGGGUGGCAGCAGCCACUCUGCUAGCUUUGGCAUAUACACAGGUGGGCUUAGGCAUUAGCACUUUGCUGAUGUACGUUCCGACUCCUUUGGCUGCCACUCACCAGUCGGGCUCCCUGGCUCUGCUCAGUGUUGCCCUUUGGCUCAUGAAUGAACUCCGAAGAGUCCCAAAAUAAUUCUCAGAAGAUCAGCUUCCUAGGACCCAAAGUGCUCAUCAGAGAGCACAAGAACUUGAAGUUUUCUAAAAGGAUGACUUUGGCAUACCAAGGGGUUUCCAAAUUGGUCAAGUUAUUUAAAAUUCUUUGUUUUUGACAAAGUCACUGGAUCAAGAGUGUCAUUAAGUAUGUUUAAAGAGUCCUUUUCUAAAUAUUUAUAAAUUUAGUUUUCUUUUUGAAAAUCAUGUUUAAUGUAGAGAAAGAAACGUCUGCUUUUGUUGCUUAAUAGGCUGUCUCAGAUUUUUUUUUUUAAUAUUUAUGUAUUUAUUCAUGAGAGACAUGCAGAGAGAGAGAGAGGCAGAGACAUAGGCAGAGGGAGAAGCAGGCUCCCUCACAGAGGGCCCGAUGCAGGGCUCGAUCCCAGAUCCCAGGAUCACGACCUGAGCCGAAGGCAGGUGCCUAACCACUGAGCAACCCAGGUGUCCCUGUCUCAGAUUUCUUAAUGUUGGCAAGCUCUUGAUACUCUACAUUCAUGAUCUCUUGUCUCCUUGACCUCCUGAGUCCUGAAUUAUGCCUAAGUAGAAAUUCUUUAUGAUCUCAACUCCACUUCCAUCAGGUGAAGAUUCAAAGGGAAGGACUAGCACACCCUGAGGUAGCCAGAGAGCUUUCAGUGAAAAAUAGUGUCUUCUGGUAUCAAUUUUCAAAAUGAGGAAAGGGUAGAGUUUGACAAGCUUAAUGUGUAUAUGUAGCACAAUGUCUUAUAAGUACUUAGAAAAGGAGAUAAUCACUGGUAACCCACUUGGAUUCAUCAGGCACUGACCUAGUUCUUCUUUUGAUAGUGCUGUUACAUCACUAGGUCAGAUGAAUGGAAGGGAAUCAGUUCCUGAAAGGGUUUCCUAAAAGCCUCCCGGAUAAUUAAAGUAUGGCCUUGAUGGUAUAUGUAGUGCAUGGACAUCUAUUCAGAUACAUUAAAAAAAAAUUUGUUUAAUGAAUUGUUGUAAUUUUGGUCUCUGUGGAUAUUUCACAAGGCUCUUAUUCAACUUAAUUUUUUAAAUUGGUGAUUUGGAUGAAGGCAUCACAAAGAUCAGAUUUGAGGAUAGAACAACCCAACAUUGCUAAUAUAAUAUAGAUGAUAGUCACAACUCAAUGGUUCCAGAGUGGCACCAUCAAGAUGAAAUUAAACAUAUUUUAAAUAUAACAUCCUUGGGCAGCCCGGGUGGCUCAGCGGUUUAGCGCCGCCUUCAUCCCAGGCCCUGAUCCUGGAGUCCCGGGAUUGGGUCCCGCAUUGGGCUUCCUGCAUGGAGCCUGCUUCUCCCUCUGCCUGUGUCUCUGCCUCUCCCUCUCUCUCUGUCUCUCAUGAAUAAAUAAAAUCUUAAAAAAAUAUAUAUAACAUCCUCCUUUUAAUUAAAUAGGUUGUACAAAUUUGAGGUGGAGAAAGCUGGCAUCAUUACCAUUUCAUAUUAAAAAAGACAGGGAUUUCAGUUGGCCACAGGCUCAACACACCAACAAUGUGAUGACACUGAUAAAAAAAAUUAGUGGUGUUUCAGAUUUCAUCAAUAGAAGUGUCACAGCCACACUCAGAAUACUUCAGUCCAAGUGCUGUUUCACCAUGGGUACCACAUUUAAGGAGGAUAUUGAGCACUAAGUACAUAUCCAGAGGAAGGGAUAUCAGGAUGGGGAGGAGUCCUCACCCCACACCCCACAGGGAGUACUUGAAGGAACUAGGGGUAUUUAGCUGGAGAACAUUUGGAGAGAGCAAGAUUGCUGCCCUUCAGAAGUUGAAGCCCUCUCAUGCAGAAGGAAUGAGUUUAUGCUGCAGAGUUGGGAGCAAUGGGUAAAAAGAAAUGCAGAAAGCUAGUAUUUAGUUUUGUAGAAGGCAAGAGUUGGAGCAAAACAAAUGCCUACUAGAGAAUGGCUGGUGAAGACAGUGGCAAAAUGGAGAGCAGGGACCCCAGCUAAGGGCUUACACCAUUGCUGAGCUCUGGCCUGUUGCUCAGAUUGGAUUUAUGUAGAUCCAGAGUUGUCAGAUUGGAUUUAUUAAAGAAACAAAACAUCUAGAUUUUUAUGUGAAAGCUCUCAAAGGUUGGCAGAUUUCAGGUUUUUUAGAACAUGAUGCAGGCUGAACACAUAUGGAAGCCAUAAAUGGCCUAAGGUUUGCCCAUUUACAAUCUGAGUUAGAUGAUCUUGUUCCUUUUCAACUCCAAUAUUCUGUGAGUUUCAUUGUGACCUACAGUUACUUUGCUCAAGUGGUUCUUAGCAAAACAAAAGAAAUAGUUUGUCUUUGAUUUAAAAAAAAAAAAAAAAUCCCGGACCCUGGGGCUUAUGCUAUUGUUAUUAAUAGUUUCUAACUUUUUUCAUCUUCGAAUUUUAAAAAAUCUUAAGCCCCAAGGUUCACCCAAGACCAAUUAAAUCAUGAUCUCUGGAAGCAGUAGUGGUAAUAUUUUAAGUACCCUAUAUCAUUUCAGUGUGCAGACAAUUGGGCACCACUGGCCUAGGACCUGACAGCCUAGUCACCUUAGAAAGUUUUGACCAGCUUAUUCCCAUCCCCUGUGAAUUUCUAGCCAACCCCAUCUCAUUUAAUCUGAACUUAUGUGUUCACGGUAAUCACCUCUUCUAGAUAGAAUUCUUUAAAGAAAGUAAACUGGUCACUGGAGUAGGUUCCUAUCCAUCAUCUCAUGAUCCCUAAACUGAGGUGGUCUUGGUUAAUAAUUGAGCCAGCAGAGGGCAGUCUGACCCAACCCAAAAGCCAUUAUGCUUGUGCCUUACAGUUCCCUCCAACAAAGUAGCAAAGAAUAAGUUCAAGUUCCAGAUGUUUUACUUCAUUUUUCUUUUAUUACAGAUGAAUACAAGUUUGGAAAAACAGAUUCUGGUUGCAUUUAGCUAUGUAAAACCCUUGUGCCUCCCUAUGAGUUCUUGGUGAAUGGAGAUUUAUCUGAAUUAUUUUUAUGUUUGCAUUAUUCCCAGCUUCAGACAUAUACCAAAUAUUGCAUGAAUGAAUGGAAAAUUGACAAUUACAGACAAGUCCCAGACACUUCCUUCAAAAUAAGUCCUCAUACCUAGAAAAUCAAGUGAAUUUCCCUUAAUAUUUUUAAAAGCCUGUCCAUAAUUCUGUCAGUUGUUUUUGGAUCAAAGGAAAUUAAAACACCUGGCUUUGUUAUCAAUCCA